AUGUGCAUGACAAGAGAAUUUAAUCUAAAAAACCUCUCUAUAAAUUUGUCAAGAUGUGACAACUUCUUAGACCAAAAUAACUCAAUAGAAGAAAAGACAUCAUACGUGGAUGGUUUGGUCACAAAAUUUCCAAAUCAAGAAUAUUUCCUUAAUACCUUACUACCAGAUAAUUUUGCAGGAUCAAUUGAUGAUAAUGAUAUCCACACAAACACUGAUCAAAUUGGCUAUUAUCAGGUAUUGCAACCAGUUAUUGCAUCUGAUUUAGACUCCGAGGGUAUCAUAUUUAAUGAACUUUCAACAGAUAAUGAAGGAUGUUCUUCAAUUGUAAUUUCUUUGCAAGAUGCCCCUGAUUCUCAGUUAUAUUAUUUACCUGUUUCUUUUGUGGAUGACGUAGACGGAAUGGAAUGUCCUGAUGGCUGUGAGUUGUCGCAAUCUCAAUCAGGACGACUACAGACGGUUUUAACUGGUAGUAAAACUGACAAAAAUGUUGGCGAAAAUUCAUCAAAGAUUUGUGUAAAAACAAAUACACUGGUUAAGGGAUUAUCCUCUACAUCUGACAUCAGUUCACAAAGUGAAAUCAAUUUGCAAAAUGAUGUUAUGUUAGGAUCAAAGUUAAUUGUUAGUGAUGAUGACAAUUAUGUGGAGGAGCUUAUGAAUUUUUUACCGGUAAAAUCAGAUGGAUUAAACGAAGUCGCAACUGAUCUAUCACACACAGAACUAGGAUUUGAAUGGCACGGAGACAUGAAAAGAGAUCGCGGUCGACAACGAAUUACAUUCGUGAAGUUCUUGUGUCACUUGUUGAAUAUCACCACAUUUCAACUGCUACAAAGUGUUAAAGAUAGGGUUUUGUGGAGGCCGAUAGUCGCCAAUGUCCUGAAAGUCACGAGAAGCAGAAGAUCCUGCCAUAAUAUAAAUCACCGAAACGUUAUGACAAACCUGAGAAAGUCAGGGCUUCAACCGGAAAUGAACUGA